GCAUCGCCUUUUCUGCCACACACGAGAAAUGGUGGCUUCCGCAGCAGGAAGUGGAGCGGUGAAGCUCUGCUACUCAUCUCUGAAUUCGCGGCGGUUAGGCCCGGCGAAGAAGCUCAAUGGGACGAUUAAGUUUCUCGUUGACAGCCGUAAUUGCUCCUCAUCCUCCAUGGUUGAACGUUCUUUUCCGAUCCAUGCUAUCGACUCGCAAAGGGAAGAAGAAAAUCCGAGUUUGGAAGAUUCUGGUGGUUCUUUCAUCUCUCAGGAGGAUUUGAAAUAUUUGGGGAAAUUAGGAGCUGGAUCUGUGAUAGGUGCGGCUGUGAUAAAGUAUGGAAGCAUCAUUUUCCCUGAGAUUACCCGACCAAAUAUAUUACAAGCUCUGAUUAUGGUAUCAACUCCUGUUGUCAUUGCUGUUUUCCUGUUGAUCAGUAAAAGUCGCACCAAGUCAGACUAAGAGCGCUUUGUAUCAUUCUCUAUCUUUUUCUGUAAGAAGAAGAACUAUUAUGUAGUACAUAUGCACAAUUUUUGCAAAGAAUUUGUAAUAAAUUUCCGUAGAAGCAAGGUAUUUGCACCAGCCUGCCAUCAGCCGGUGUUG